AUGAUAUCUCAUAGCAUAUCAACAUCGCGUAUGAGAUGUUUUGGACUCGGUUGGUCGGGUAGAGCAAUAUUCUUGCGUACCUACUCGUCUAAACCACCCAAAUCACCUCAAAUGGAGAAAGGGGAAUCGGUGGCCAAAGGAAGAAUGAUACCUAAAAAGAUGAUGAAAUCAAGAAUAAGGACUAAUGAUGCAGUACUGGCACAUCCAAUCACUACUGCAAAGGCUUCAGAGCCCCAUAAUGAACUGUCAGCCCCAUCGAAAUUCAUUUCAUUUAAAGACUUUCCGAAGGCGCCACAAGAAAUCCUCGACCAAAGUCUAGAGCAGUUGUAUACCUCAAUAAACCUCAAACCAUGGGUCAAUACGAAUACUGUAUCAGAGCCUUCGGAGGAGGAAAUUUUGAAAAAGAAGCCUGAAAACUUCGUCGACUUUACUAUUCCGGACAAAUUUUUGAAAUCAAAAGCUAAUGAAGAGAUAACCAGUAGAGACAGGGCUCUCGUCGAGGAGCUAGAUAAUUUCUUGAAGGCUGAUGAUGUGAAUGAGGUCUUACCGUCGCAAUUAAAUUUGAUUAAGCUAUACUACGAUCAGAAUACAAACAGUUUCCAGCCAUAUCCGGAGCAUACUUUAAAGAGAUCAUUGCUGGGGAUGAUAAAUUUGAACCCUUGCCUCAACGACAUUGAUGAUAAAUACCUCUGGAAAUUAUUUCCUGAACAUAAGUUAUUUGGUGUUCCUCCUUUUGAAGAAGGGAGUCAUGGAUUUAAGAAGUGGGAGCGUGAAAUGCUUGAAAAGGAAAAAGAAGCCAAGAUUGCGAAAGAAGACGAUCAGAGAGAGCUCACAGAGUUUGAAUCUGCCUUGAAAAACUCCAAAUCUUUCUUCACAAAACCAAAGAAGGGAUCUAGAAGGAAGCUCGAUAGAAAGUUACUAAAGAAGUAUAAAAAAUUGAAAGAGGAAGGUAAGAUCCCUAAAGAAUUCAUUACUGAUGGUUAUGAUUUACUUAAGUAG